ACUAUUGCUAGAUAUAAUAGAUACUUGAAACAAUGCGUUGAUGAAUCCUGCAGCAAAUGGUAUUCUGACAUACAACUAUCUUGCCCGACUACUCCUGUACAGCUAUCAAAUCAGACUAUUUCUGUACAAUUUAGUGAUCCACCUAUGCUCUGA